CCUCCUACUCCUCUCGGGGGCAGCCCGGCCAGCCGAAGCCCAGAAUUUCACGACGAUUGCAACAUGCUAAUGUCGCCUGAUUCGGGAAGCUGGCCGUUAACGCCGCCAAUGGCCCAGUUCUACACCCUUGCGCCAAGCUGUCAAGAAAGGGGGUUUGCCUGGUUCUUAGCGCGAUACGUCAAUGCGGACGAGACGGCAUCCCAUCAGAGGUUCGACUUCCUUCGAGAGGUUUGGAAGCCUUCGUCGUCGGAGCCCCAGGUCGACAGCGUUCUCGCAAGCAUGACUGCCGUCGGCCUGAUGGGAUUGGCGAGCACGACACGGGCGCCCGAUCUCAUGGAGGCCGCCAGAAAGUCAUACGGAACGGCGCUCCGGUUGGUCAACCACGCACUACAGGAUCCGGUGGAACCUGUCAAGGACAGCACAAUGCUGUCCGUCCUCAUCCUCGGCGUGUUUGAGAUGAUGACAGAAAAUACAUCAGUUGAGGCGUUUCAGAAACAUGUCAACGGCGCCGCGGCGCUCGCACGGCUGCGCGGACCGGCACAGUUCCAAACGCGGGCCGGACGAAGGAUGUUCUCAAUGUUGUGCCAGAGAACUCUCAUCAGCUGUGCGCAACGAAAUAUGCCCAUGCCCGACUUCUUGAUCGAGCUGUGGCACGAAAUGUCCAGGACAUCGAGGCCGGGAAAUCCGACUGAACAGUUAAUGCCACUCCAGUGGCAGAUACUGCAACUACGCUAUGAGAUGAAGAGCGGGCUUCUAACAGAUACCCAGACCAUCGUGGAACGCCUGCUUUCCCUUGACCAGGAAUUCGAGAACCUGGCUGCACAGCUACCGCCAUCUUGGAAAUACCGAACAUUCCAAGUAAAACAAUACCACCCGGCCGUCUUUUCCGGCAUCUGCCACCAGUACUCGGCCCUCCACCACGCCAACAUAUGGAACCACAUCCGCACAAGCCGCAUCCUCCUCCUCGAAACCAUCCUCUCCGAAAUCUCCCAUGACCUCUCCAGCUUCGCCCCGACCCUUGACUCCGCGCGAUAUCUCGAGGAGUACCAUAAAGUCCGCAGGAGGCUCAAGUACAUGGUCCGCGACGUCAGCGCCAGCGUGCCGCAACAGCUCGGCCUCAUGAACGCCGGUGACGGCAGCAUAGGCAGCGCGGACGACGACUCGGCGCCCAUCGCAACCGUCGAGAUCCUCCAGACACCCUCCCCACCGACCUCCCCUUCCUCGCGAUCCUCCGACUCGGGCAGCACCAUCUACAGCCCCCUGUCCGCCACAACUCCUUCUCACCCACCAACACCGCGCUCGUCGGGCCUCACCAUUCUCGACGUCACGCACGCCGCUGGCAACCCGCAGGAGGAAGCGGAGCGGUACAUGCUCCUCGUCUCGGCCACCAGCACCGUGGUGUGGCCGUUUUUUGUCGUGGGCAUGUCGACGGCGUGCGGGGCCGAGAUGCGCGCCUAUGUGAUCGGGAGGUUGAGGACGCUGUACAUGGAGACGGGGAUACGGCAGGCGGAUGCGGUAGCGAAUCUGUUGGAGGAGCAUGAGCUGUCUACUACGGCGAUGCCGAGCCAUCCAGAAGCGGGAUGGCUGGACAUGCAGCUGCGGACGGGGUCGGGGCUGGAGGAAGGGGAAGGCCCCGCCGUGAUGUCCAUGGUGGGGGAGGAGUUCGGCCUUGGUCUGAUGCAUCUGCCGGGACCUGGCGGGGGCGUAUUGAAACCCGAAUUUGACAUGGUCUGGGUUUAAAGAAACAGGCUGAUGGAGUGGUAUGACGCGGGGAUUGAAACUCGGGUCUUGAAAGGGGGACAACGAAAAGGACGGACGGAGCCAAGUGAUACCAAGGGUGGAUGGAAUUGCAUAGCGUGUACAUAUUUUGGA